AAAAAUCAGUGAGAUAGCGCGGAAAAAAUAUUGUUCCAGAGCUCUCUGUUGAAGUUGAAGAAGUCAUGAUGAUUGUCAUCUUUCUCAGUCUUUGCAUUUCUUUUGCUUUGGUAAGUUUUACAAUAACCUUUAACGAGAAGCUUAAGAUCAAAGGCUGCCAUAUUAAACUAGCAAAAUGCACUAGUCCUCUUUAUAAACCGCCAGUUUUUCCUUAUAGAUGAAGUUGUUAAACGUAAUUUUUAAUUUGUCUUGAUAGGUGUCAAAUAACAUUUUUGUCUGGAACAAGGUCGCAAAUGAGCAAACUUCCUGAACCAUUUUCAAACACAUUCUUUUUGCGCUAUAAAUAUCCUUUUUCUGCCUAUGCGUAGAAGAUGUCUUAGCGUUUUAACCCCAAACUAACUUAAAUGCAUGUUUGCAUUUUUUUGUCUUCCAGGGAAGUUCAAAUCUCCCAGAGCUUGCGGAGUGUAAAAUGGAGGUACAAUUCAUCAUAAUCACAUACUUUUGACCGAUUCACUCACUAUUUACAUUCAUACUGGUUUCUUUCCAAUUCAUGAGACACGCUGUAUUUGUCUCAGUUUACAAGAAUGCUCAGUAAAAUGUUUUGUUAUAUUUUCAAUUCUGAUGAGCUCGUAAUAGAAAAUAAUCAGUCAGAAAGAAGAACGCGCCUUGCUUAUUUGGACAAAUUAAUAUUUGGAUACGCCGGGAUAUGGUUUUUGAUUCACAUCUAUAACAAUAACGUUUUAUGUCUGGGGCUGUAGCUACAGUGAACAGUUAAAGGCAUAACCAGCCAUAUGUUUAGCUUAAUAGCAUUAUUGUUAAGGAAACUCUCUCAUAAAAGUAUUUUCCGUACCCCACUACUCUACGUUUUUUUAACGUACCCAGCAAAGCUAAUUGAUGUAUCAGUUCGUUAAGAAAAGGGUAGACGACGGACUAAAAACCCGUGCCUCCUGUUAUGAAAACCAAAGCCGCAAAUAUGCGUCAAAAAUGUAAGAAAAUAGGUGAUGGCGUAACACUGAGUUUGCAACACACAAGAUCGUCGCCUAUUACUUGAAGUCUUCGAACAUUUUGACUUUUGAUUUACUAAUGAAUAGGACGUAUAAUCUAGCCAUGUUUUUCGUCUUUUACGAGACAUUCAUUAAAUGUGAAGUUCUUUUUCGUUUUCUUUCAUACCCACUCAAAAGGGAGACUGCCAGGCUGGACUGAAAUGUGUUCUGACCAAGAGGCUGAUCGUAAGUGGAACCGUCUACCCCGUCAAGCAAUGCAUGCCGGAAGGCGUGGACAUUGAUGUGGAGACCGUGGACUUGGAUAACCAAUCUGAUAAUGUGUCCAGAGUCAAGCGCUUUCUGUUUAACGUAAGGAUUUUUAUCACAUUUUCCCAUUUGUUUUGAUUUUCAACGUUUCUCGAAUAUUGAGAAUUUAAUUGCCAAACACGAGUCAUGGUGUUCUAUUAGAUUUUAAACACCGAGAUAAGAAUUGAAAAUACUACGCGUACAAGUGUAUAAAAGUAACCGGGCGCUUUCUAUUUUUCGAUUAUUGCUAUUUUCAUGGGGAUACCCUGCGGUAGCCUUUGCGGAGGAGAGAGGUGAAGUUUCCUCACACAAAGAUACUGUAGUUAGCCUUUAUCUUCUACCUCUACAUCUAAAUGCAAAGCUUUGAUAUUGUAUUAACAGAGUUGUUCCUCCGAAUCGGAGUGUCAAUCAAAUUUCUGCUGUGCAUUGGGAAAGAGAUGUGCCCCAAAACUCAGGGAGUACUUUACUUGCUACUUCGUGGUAAGUAAAUCAAGAAAGCCUUUAUUUUGUGUUAGACAAAUAACUUAACAGUGUACGGUAUAUAAAGCUGGUAAUAACUCUGGUAUCAGUAGCGGUUAAGCUUUCCAUGGCGCUUUGAUUUUGUAAUUUAAUGUUAGUAACAGCCUUGUGUUAUACAAUGACAACUUUAGCUCAAAUAUCUAUGGCGUUUUAUAACUGCUGGUAAUCAUCUCAGUUUUUUGCUGUGUUAAUAACAACGUUGCUCUUAAUUUGAUGUCAAUUUCGUGCAAUGAGAGUGACAGCCCUGACUGAGUGUUGGCGACAGCAUUGAUACUCUCAAUGUGGGAGGGACAAAACCUAUGGGAAAAGCCUUGCUGGAGCGGGUUUUAAGAAAUACCCUUAAAGUUAAAAGUUAGCGAUAGGUUUAAAUGAUGGCAUGAGAAAACAGUCCACAUUUCGCGACGCCACUGUUAGUUUCCUUACGAAGUGACGUUUGAGAAACGACUGCAGAAAUUCGGAUCCAUACUGAUGACUUGUCACUACCCAGACCUGUGCAGUGCUUCUGAUUGGUUGAAGCAAUACCAAGAUCUGGAUCAGUAUGGAAUUUCGGCAGCCGUUUCUCAGACGUCAUUUUGCGGGAAAACCAGGUGGCGUGGCGAACUGGCGAUGUGUCGGCUGGUUUUUUCAGGUUAUUUAGUUAAAUGCUUUCUAACAAGACAGACAACCUCGAUUCACUGCUAGUAACAGUGCUUGUUCUCAGUGACCCAAUAUAUUCAACUGCGAAAUGUUGACACUAGGUUAGGAAUAGAGUAGGUUGGAAAAAAUAUACCAGCAAUUAACCCCUCCCCAACUUAAGACAGGGAUCGGAAGGCGUUUUAAGUGGAGUUUUAGGCGGCUUCAUCCUAGUCUCCCUUGCAGCCGUUUUUGUCUCCUUCCGCAAAGCUCCGCCCCAUUGUGUGACGAAACAAAAAUGGCUGCAAGGGAGACCAGCUUCAUCCUUGAUUUCGGGGAAUGCGGGGUUUCCUUUUUCACGUCAUUCUGUUUAAAAUCGUAGGUUAAUAGCGGAAGAGGUAGCCUAAGAACGGAUUCAAUAUACCUAUAUACCACAGAUCUCUAGAUGUUUAACUGACCUUUUCGUCUGAAUCCAUGUAAAGAGGUUUAAAUGUAUUAGAAAAUGUUUCAAGAGCCAAAAGGGUAUAUGUUUUCUUUAAAACAGGACAAACACAAGUGUGGCUGCGGCAACGGACUGGCCUGCAAAGUGACUACAACAAUCACACUACCGUUUGGAAUAAAAAUCCCAAUAAAGCAGUGCGUGAAGGCAGCAUAAAAUGAUGAACCUCGGUUACGAAAAGAGUAGUUUAGACAGUGUGUCAAGUAAUAAACAACAAAGGGGU